AUGAAUCGAUCGCUAUGGAAUCAAAUUCAGAUAUAUGAAAUAUGUCGCCAGCACUCACAUUGCUACCGUCUCCGUCCUCCACCUCGAAUACCGACAUUUCCAAAAUUACUUCCAACGAUUUCGCCAUCUGCAUCGACUUAUUCUUUUUUAAACAUCGAUGUUUAUUUGAUUCUAUUUGGAAUUGUUCUUUCUCUGAUUUCAAUUUGUUUUCUUCUGAUCGUAUUUGUAAUCAAAAUUCGAAUCUAUCGUAAAACUCAAAAGCAAUAUCACCAGAAGACAAACGACACAAAUCAUAUCAAAACGUCUACUUCGUUGCCGAGUAUUUUCCGCGCCUCUUACAAAUCUUUCACACCCAUCACUCUAACCACCAAUCAAUCUCCGUCAUUACUCGUGAUCAAUCAAUCCAAUUCGAAUUCUGAAACGCAUCUACCCUAUCAUAAUCAUUCUCUGAACAUUUAUGACAUCGCUCGACUAUCGUCAAAUCAUCGACAUUGUUCAUGCUGUUCAUGUGCCUUGUCAUACUAUGAAAAAUCGCAUUCGAUCUAUACAUCGCGUCCAAUACCAAUGUAUUAUUAUCCAUGUAGAUCAUCGAAAAGUUCGCAUGGUCGACAGGAAUGUACUUGUCGGAACUUUUUUAUGCCAAUAAAAUAA